UCAAGAACUCCGCACACUUGAGUGAGUGAGUGUCAGUGGACGACAGUAGAGUUGGAUGUAAGCGAUCAAUAAUAUCGAUUAAAAACUGUCGAUACGAGCCUCGUUUCAAGAUUUCAAGCGGAAUCCUGCAAUACCGGCCACCGCACGCUCCGUGGCAUGGGAAACGGCAUUAACAAGGUUCUGCCUGACCUGUACUUGGGUAAUUUUAAAGAUGCCAGAGACCGCGAGCAGCUGGCCAGAAACAACAUCACACACAUCCUCUCCAUCCACGACACCGCAGCGCCCAUAUUACAGGAGAUGACUUAUCUGUGUAUCGCAGCAGCAGAUUCGCCCACACAGAACCUCAUCCAGCAUUUUAAGCAGAGCAUUGUGUUCAUUCACGAAUCACGGCUGAAAGGGGAAGGCUGUCUAGUUCACUGUUUGGCAGGAGUUUCUCGUAGCGUGACGCUGGUGGUGGCCUACAUCAUGACCGUCACCACCCUGGGCUGGCAGGAGGCUCUGGCUGCGGUGAAGAUAGCGAGACCUUGUGCUUCACCAAACACCGGCUUCCAGAACCAACUGCAGGAGUUUCAGGCCGGAGAACUACAGCAGUUCAGAGAGUGGCUGAAGGAGGAGUACAAGGAAAACCCUUUUAAUGACGAGGAGGACAUUCGUAACUUGCUGACAAAAACACCGCCGGAGGAGGACGGCGAUCUGCAGGACGACUGAGAUACACACACACACACACACACAUUCCUCCAAGACUCUUCCUCACACCAUGUAUUGGUUAUGGCAAAGCACUGUUUAACUUAUCAACACGUUUCUGUAAAUAAGACAUAUGCAAGGUUUUAAUGUUUACUGCUGAAGCCAUGUUAAAGGGUCAGUUCACCCAGAAAUGUUAUGUACUCUCCCGUCACUUGUUUAAAACCUGUUUGACUUCAUUUCCUCUGUGGAACACCAAAGGAGAUGUUUUGGAGAAUGUUUGAAAGCUAUAACCAUUGACUAUUGAAGUCAAUGGUUACUGGUUUUAGUGUUGUUUAUGAUAAGAAAUGAUUUACGGGAGAGUAAACCGUGAGUACAUUUAGAUUUUUGGGUGAACUGGCUCUUUAGAGGCAGUUUUUGUUGUUGGGUAUUUACAGGUGUGUUAUUAUAAAAGGAUUUACACUGA